AUGACAUACGAUACUAUCACAGUAGCCUACACCAGAAAUAACGCGCCUAGAGCUCAGAACUCACUUAGCUCCGCCGUUGGCGAUAUACUUGUGUCUUGGAAGGAUAUCGAGUCCAACUACCUGAAGAACAUCUUUCCUGACGAAAAUUCAUCACUAGGUAACCUUACAUUCCUCAUUGAAGAUAGUAAGAUGAACUUUGUUCCAAACACACUAGACGCAACUAUAAUGGUAGCAGAGGUGCAGUAUUUACUCAACGGUCAACUCAUGCCUACUACGUGA